UUCAAUCUUCUUCACCGGACUGAUAGUUGGAUUUAUGUCCCUGCGCUAUUUCUCCCACUCAAAUUGGCCUCCCAAGAGCCGUACACAAGAUGCUUGGCAAGGAGUUCAACAAGGCGUCAACCUGAGUCGGACAAGAAAUCCCGGGCAAACCAGCCGUAUCUUGUGUUGGAUCAUGACCGGGCCCGAGACUAUGGAGUCCCGGACCAAGCACGUGAAGGAAACGUGGGCAAAGCGCUGCCACGUGGUCUUGUACAUGAGCUCCGUCCAGAGCGACUUCCCCACCGUGAAACUCAACGUCAGCGAGGGCCGAGAAAACCUGUAUCGGAAGACCGUGGGCGCCUUUGAGUACAUCUACGGGCGGCACCUGGACAACGCCGAAUGGUUCUUGAAAGCGGACGACGACACCUACGUGAUUGUGGAGAAUCUCCUCUACAUGUUGUCCGCUCUGGAUCCCGAGAAGCCUUUCUACCUGGGAAGAAGGUUUAAACCUUUUCUCCGCCAAGGCUAUAUGAGCGGCGGCGCCGGCUACGUCCUCAGCAAGGAAGCCCUGAGAAGAUAUAUCCGAGGUUUCAGGACAGGGGCGUGCGCCCACUUCUCUUCCACCGAGGACGUGGCUCUGGGCAAGUGUAUGGAGACCAUGAAGGUGGAGCCGCUGGAUACCAGAGACGUCAGAGCCCGGCAAACCUUCCAUCCUUUCCCUCCGGAGCUUCACUUGGUCAGACAGUUCCAAAAGACCCCUUGGUACCUGGCUUAUGAGCACUACCCUCCCGUUCAAGGUCCAGGGUGCUGUUCCGAUUUCGCCGUGUCCUUUCACUACAUUUACGCAGUUCGACUCUAUGCUCUGGAGUACCUGGCAUACCAUCUGCGGCCGUAUGGAUACAAAUACAGAUUUAUUGCCAGGGAACAUAAAUAUUGGAACCAAAGCAAAAACCAAUUGUGA